AUGUCGUUUGAUAUCAAUUGGGAAAAAUUGAAUGAAGAUGAAUCAAUCAAUGAAUCAAUUAAAGAAUUUUUAGAUCGACAAUUCAGAAGUAUUUCUUUACCAUCAUAUAUAUCUGGACUUUCUGUAAAUAAUUUCAGUCUUGGAGAUAUCCUGCCAGAAGUAAUAGUGCGACAUGUUGGAGAUCCAUUUGAACAAUUUUAUGAUGAUGAGGAGGAGGAUGAGCAGGAUGAAAAAGAUGAAAAAGAUGUUAACUCUGAAAAAUCUAAUGGUGAUAAUGUAGUAGAAGAUGAUGAUGAUGAUAAUGAUGAUGACGAUGAAGAUUAUGAUGACGAUGAUGACGAUAAUGAAGAUGAUGAUGUAAUGACAUUAGGUGAAAGUAAUAAUUUAAUUAGUUUAAAUCAAGCAUCAACUCCACCUCCUGGUCCUAUACCUUCACCGCCAUUACUUUUAGGAGAAAGAACUCGUAAUGCUCUGGAUUCUGUUUCAUUAAUGUUAGGAACUCCAAGUUAUCUUCAUAAUUAUAAUUAUAAUUAUAAUAUAAUUGGGUUAGGAACUAACACUGGAGGAACAGAGACUCCAACAGAUAUUCUUAAUCAAAGUGCCCUUCGAACAAAAAGUAAUUUAAGGAUUGAAACUUCAAAAAAAUCUUCAACUAAAAAUGAUAAUGAUAUUCAAUUAAUACUUGAAAUUAAAUAUCAUGGGAAUGCAUUUAUAGAUUUAACAGCAAAUUUACUUGUCAAUUAUCCAUCACCAAAUUUUAUUUCUUUACCUAUCAAACUUCAUAUUACAGAUUUAGUAAUUCAUUCACUUGCUACGGUGGCAUAUCUUAAAAAUUCUGCAUAUUUUACUUUCUUGUGUGAUAUAGAUGAUUCUACAUCGGAUUAUUUUUCAAGUACUCAUGCUUCAACAAUGCCACCAAAUUCAACACCGGCUAGUACUUCAACACCAGGAGCCUUCCCAUCAGGGUUAGGAACAAGUACAGUUGAUACUCCACUUUCUACUAACCCACCUGGAGGAAAUUUUGUGGAUUAUGUUACUGAUCCAAAUAAUACGGAGAGAAUUGAUAUUAUAAAAAAAAUUAAAAUAGAAUCAGAAAUAGGUCAAGUACAACAAAAUGUAUUAAGAAAUGUAGGAAAAGUCGAAAAGUUUUUGGUUGAACAAAUUAGGAAAAUUAUACGAGAAGAAAUAGCUUGGCCCAGUUGGAUUUGCUUUGAUAUGAGCAAAGACGAUGAAGCUGAUCAUGAUGAUAGUAAAGAGGAUGAUACUAAUGGAGAAAGUGAAAAUAAUUAA